AUGAAUAUAAAACUUGCGACUAUUGUCUUAUAUUUGCUUCUAAAACAUUGUUCUUAUACCAUAUGCUAUACAGUUACAUGUGAUUUUGAGAUAGAUGAAUGUAACUGGACGUUAGACUCAUAUUGGAAAGUAUAUGCGUCAGGUAGCACACCUGAUACUGCAAAUUCUGGUCCCGUUGCUGAUCAUACAACUGGAAAUGGCAAUUAUGCUCGCUUUAUGGCUUAUUCUCUUCCUGAAACUAUUCCUUAUGGAAUUAUGAACACAAGUAUAUAUCUCGACAACUCCACUAUUUUGUCAUUCUGGUAUUUUAUGCAUGGAACUCAAAUUGGUACACUAGCAUUACUUGUCAAUGAUGUACCGGUAUGGGAAAAAAGUGGCCGACAAGGUGUUCCAGCAUGGUAUCACGCUACUGUUACUAUAAUUCCAGUUAAUAAUGUUAAAGUAUGCUCUUUUUCUG